GGCUGGAGUCUGCGCAGUAGAGACGGAUCACAGUGACCAAGAGCUGCUGUUUCAUAGUCGACGAAGAGAAAUGCUCAGUUUUCCUUUCACGUUUAAGUUUUCCUGCAGCACUUCCUUGUAGAAAACCAUGGCUGGUUCUGUGGCUUCAGACGACCAGAAAUUCUGCUUAACGGAGGUGCUCGACACUUUUAAGUUGUGUCUGUCCGAAAAUAAAGAAGUCUAUCUUGAACACUACGUCGCUGGCUGGCGUGGACUUGUAAAGUUUCUGAACAGUCUGGGAAGUGUGUUUGGCUUCAUUUCAAAAGAUGCUGUCAACAAGAUCCAGGUCCUGGUGAACUACCUGAACGGGGAGAACGGCUCUCAGUACGUCACAGUGCAGUCGAUGGUAAAGUACGAGCUGGACAAUGAACUUGUGGACCUGACCAAGAGAGGCAGCCAUCCAGAGUCCGGCUGUCGCACUCUGCUCAGACUCCACCGUGCACUCAGGUGGCUGGAGCUCUUCCUGGAACGCCUUCGCACCAGCACAGAGGACAGCAAGACGUCUGUCAUGUGUGCAGAGUCAUACAAUGAGUCCCUUGCCCUGUACCACCCAUGGGUGGUCCGUAAGGCUGCGGGCAUGGCGUUCUGUGUGCUCCCUGGGCGCCCCGCUUUCUUCGAAGUGAUGAAUGUUGGCCCACCAGAGCAGGUCGUGGCCAUGCUCGGGGAGGCACUACCUCUCAUCUCUGAGGUUUACCAGAUCACAGAGGAACUUUAUGCUCAGCAUCUCCUGCUGGACUUACCGUAGACAGGAAGAAGAGCUACAACUGUCACCUCAUGCUUCACCGUGCUGAAGGCUGUUGAGGCAGCUGCUAUUGCAGUUUAGUGAUUCAAGAGUUGUGUUACAAUUAAAUAUAAAUUCACUGACACUUAUCUGAAGCUACUGCAGUUUUUAAUACAGAAUGCAGCAUGUUUGACUAUGUCUUGACAUAACCCGCCUCUGAACAAUCUUUUAAAUAUAGCGUUGUAAAUUUAUUCGAUUUUAAUUUAAAUAGAUGAAUAGAACUAAAGUUGGGUUUUGAAGUAUCUGCUUGCUGCUAAAAGCUGUGGGUUUCAUACUUUAUUAAACAAACAAACAAGAAAAACAAGUUGAUAUUUUUCAUUUGGCAGUACAAUAUUUAAAACUAGGGAAGCAACAAUGCAUUUAUUAAUCAAGAACAAAACGGCAAAUAUUUGCUGCAGUUUCGGCGAAAGCUCUCGCCUUCCAUGAAACUGUCAAGCAAGGUAAUCAGCAUCUGUCUAAUCAUUCUGUGUGUGAACAAAAGAACUCAAAACUAGUGUACUAACAAGAAGACAUAAUGAACAUUUUUAAGAUGUUUGCUUCCCAGAUCUAAGAAUUUGCUGGGUGUCUGGGUUUCACACAAGAAAAAAUGUAAUAUUUGGGAGUUUUUGACAAAGACAAGACAUUUGUUGACAUGACAGACCUUUUUCACAGUGUUUCAUGAAGCUUUAUGGACCAAACAGUGAAUUGAGAAAGUAACAAACUGGUUAUUUGAUAUCUCUUGGACACCAAUCAUUAUUUCUAUGUGUCAGAGAAGUGCUUGUAAUAAUGUAAUGUAGUAAUAAUCCCUUAAUUCAUAUAUUAAUCUACAUAACAUUGGCACAUUGACAUGGUUUUAUAGUAAAAAUGCAGCUGAAAUGUUCAAAUAAUUUACAAGAAAUAAGUGCCAAACUACCAAUAUUAAUUACAGAAGUAGAAAACAAACUCUGACAUUAGUGUAGCUACAGAUCUUUGAAUUUAGGGAAACACCCAAAAUCAUCAACCCACAUACAGGGAAUUAUCUUUUCUUUUGUUAUUCUGUUAAUGAAUAUUUGUUUUUUAGGGAACAAAAAAAUCUUUGUGGUGUACUGUAUGGAUUAUGAUUUACAUAUAUGUAGAAAUGACAAAAUAUGCUAUGUUUACUGCUGAUGUACAGAUUAUAGGGCACAAUGGGUAACACUAUCUGAAAUAAAGGACGUAAAGGUCUACAAGAAUGUGCUGUACUUUAUGUUAUAUAUAAUAUAUAUUACGGGUCAUUCAUAAACAGUGUAACAAUUAAAAGUGGGUUGAUGAUUA